GACUCGGAACCUCCGAAGGCUUCUUCCAGCUUUAAGACAACAAAUGUGGCAUCAUCUUCCCAGCCAAAAAGAGUGACUCCUAAGCUGGAGCUUAGUCCACAGCAGAUACAGGAGCCACGCCACGCUUUUGAUCUCUCCGAUACUGAUGCAGCGGGGACCACUGAUGUUAGAGAGCUCAAGGUGGUGACGAGAGCAAUGGGCUUUGAACCAAGGAAAGAAGAGAUUAUGAAGAUGAUAAGUGAAAUUGAUCCAGAAGGUACAGGAAAAAUGAAUUUCAAUGACUUCUUGACUGUGAUGACUCAAAAAAUGUGCAAGAAAGUUUCCAAAGAAGGCAUCCUGAAAGCUUUCAAGCUCUUCGAUGAUGAUGAAACUGGGACCAUAUCGUUCGACAAUCUCAAACGUGUAUCCAAUGAGUUGGGUGAGAACAUCACUGAUGAGGAGCUGCAGGAAAUGACUGAUGAAGCUGAUCGAGAUGGAGACGGGGAAGUCAAUGAGGAAGAUUUCCUGCGUAUCAGGAAAAGACCAGCCAUUAUUAAGAGUAUUCUCUCCUGUUGCAAGCACACACAACUAGUUUUAGUGCCUGUUAUUGUGUGAAACCUGGGUUUUGAGAACACAAGUGUUUUUCCCCCACUAACCUCCCUGUAUACCUUUAGUAACAACCUCACACCCAUUUUCAACUUUUUUAAGUGUUCUUUGACAAUAUAGUUCUUUGUGAGGUGACCUGCUGCUUCCUUUAAUUCUCCAAAACAGAACAAGAGCACAUUAGAGCAUUUACCCACUUGCCAUUCUACCUUGUAUUGCUUCACUCUUGUCAUGCAGUCCCACAUUUAUGCCACCUUAGAAAGACUUCUCAGGCAAAUACAUGUUGUAACUUUGUCACCACAAACAGCAGGCAUCUCUACAAUGGUUCUUGUUUUAAUUGACACCUAAGUGCAGCUUUCUCUUUUAAAAAAGACAGUGAACUCUCUCAC